AUGGCCCAUAACGGAGUCCCUGCGGAACUCAUCGAGUUCUGUGAUGAGUUCUUUCCUCAACCGACACAAGUCGCCACUGUCAAGCCGAAACCCACGCUGGAUGAUAACCCAUUCGCCGCUCUCAAGGACGCAGAGAAGCUGUCGGGGGAGACUGUUCGAGCCGCAUUUGCCGCUGCUAUCAAUGUCCACGGUCUUGCUCCAGGAUUCAAGGUGGCCGAGUGCGGAGACCGGCCGGAUCCCGCCACGGCGCCACCAUCCAUCCCGAAAGGAAGAAGAUCGAUGUGGCCUUCUACCUGCGACGAUGUCUCCUUGGACCCCUUCGACGACGACGAAAGGACUCACAAGGCCGUUCGCGGGCAGAUCAUGUCGCACGCCGAGCUCAUUUUUGCCGUCCAGCAUCGUGUGGCUCUCUUCACGCUCGUCGUUCUCGGUACUCGGAUCCGCUUCGCCCGCUGGGACCGUUCUGGUACGGUGGUUACGAGAGCCUUCGACUAUAUCCAGAACUGGGAACUCUUGUGCGACAUCCUGUGGCGUAUCGGAAACUGUACGAUGAUGCAGCUCGGAUUCGACCCCAGCGCGAGCCGACUGCACCCUCGACAAACGGAGUACGCCCUGAUGGAUGCCGCUGCCGACAACGUCGAGGGUGACUUCGACGAGACAGAACGCGUCAUCUCGGGACCGAAGCUCCCAGAUGGACAUUUCAAGUACGUCAGGGAGAUGUUCAAAAAGUCCCUGGUCGAUGGCUGGCCGCGUUAUAGGCUGGAGGUACCGGCUCUGGUCGAGGCAGCUGCGACUGCAACGACCGCCACUCCUGCGCAUCACUCGGAUUCGUCCCCCAAAGUGGACCGGUCGGCACGCAAGUUCCUCGUGUGCAAGCCUGAAUUCCGGGCCUGUGGCAUAGCAGGACGUGGGACACGGGGUUACCUCGCUCUUGACUGUGCGACGAAACGGUUUGUGUGGCUCAAGGACGCGUGGCGUGCGAACUACGAGAAGAUGGAUCAGGAGGGCGUGAUGCUCGGUUCGCUCAACUCUGCAGAAGUUCCAUUCGUGCCGACGCUUCUUUGUCAUGGAGAUAUCCUGCAGCAGACGACGGCGACCCCUGACUGGUGGGAACGCAAGAACCCACUGCGCUCUCCGACCUCCUCCGCAGGCACCGCUUCUUCGCAUACGCUGGUCGUGCCUUUGAGGUCUGGGAUUCUGAAGAGAAAACGGGCUGAAGAAUCGUGCGGCGACCCAUCAGCGCCACCACAUAACACCGACGGGGAUUCCGACGAAGGGGAAGAUUGGGGCACCGAUUGCCCUCUACGUCUGCACAUGCACUAUCGUAUCGCGAUGAAGGAGGUUGCCAUGCCCCUUAGCAAGUUCAGGCAUGAUCGUCAGCUGGUCGGCAUCUUCUACGACUGUCUACAUGCCCACAAGAGCGCUGUCGAGCGCACGAAACUCGUGCAUCGUGAUGUUAGUCCUGGAAAUAUCCUGAUCUAUCCGAAGGUGAUCAAGAUGCGUGGCAAAUACUGGCUAAGGUGGUCUGGACCGCUGGCUGACUGGGAGCUGUCGAGAGCGGUUCAUGAGCCCGGAACGUCGAGGUUGCCUCGCCAGCCAGAGCGCAUGGGCACCUGGCAGUUCAUGUCUGUCGCUGUGCUCUCAUAUGGUCUGAACAUUUUCGGAGUCGCGGACGAACUCGAGUCGUUCUUCCACGUGCUGUUGUACGCUGCCGUCCGGUAUCUGAAGGUACAGAACUGCGACCGUCCCACGAUCGCAAACUACCUCUACACCUACUUCGACCUCCACGGUGUCGACGAUGAGGUGUACGUCUGUGGGGACAAGAAACGCGAGACGGUCACCGAAGGCCGACUGACCGUCAGCUUCAACAAGAAGCUGCAGUUUGACAGUCCUCUGGACAUCUUGUUCUCUCAGCUGUUGUCGGGGUUCAAGGCGCGCUACGCUGUACUCGCAAAGGAAGUCAAGGCCACGCCUGCUAUCUCACCUCUGGAAUCCGAGACACCAGCUCCUUCCAACGACAAUGGGCCCCUGCUAGACGAGAUGGAUCUCAUGGACAGCGACGCGGACGAUUCCGAGUCAGAUGGAUUUUCCGAUGAUAACGAGGAGCUGGAGGUUUCUCCCCAGACUCGAGAUCUAGCUGAGCAA